UGUACAUCAGUGUAUUCAUAUGUGAAUCAAUCCGAGUGAGAAAUAAAGAAGGUAAUAAAAUUAAGGUUUCCCAAACAAAAGUGAGCCAAUAAAAUAAUAAAAAAGUGAACCACAGGAAACGGCGAAAUUAAACCACAGGAGACAAAAUAAUAAGUGCCGAAGAAAACAAAAAAAAAAAACAAUUCAACAGAAAAGAGACACGCGAGAAGGUGGUGCCCGUGGCUGUAGCUCUGUCAAAUAAAAACACAGAAAAAAGGAGUAGCAAAAUCGCUUAAUUCGCUCCCCGGGAUUAGAGGAAACUUUGGAGGUGAACCAGGCAUCGUAAAUUGAUGAUGCGACUGAAACUGGACAAGUUAGGCACGGUGCUGCUGCAGCUGCUGGCCAGCUGCACCCUGGUUCUGGGUCACGGGCGACUGAUGGAACCUCCGGCACGGAAUGCCAUGUGGCGUUUCGGUUUUCCCAAUCCGGUCAACUACAACGACAAUGAGCUGUUUUGUGGAGGCUAUGCGGUGCAGUGGGAACAAAAUCAGGGAAAUUGCGGCGUCUGUGGAGAUGCUUAUCACUUGAAGGAACCUAGGCCGCACGAGGCGGGAGGUCCAUUUGGCAAAGGGAUUAUUUCGCGGCAGUACGCCGCCGGGCAGGAGAUUGACGUUGAAAUCGAACUGACAGCGAACCACAUGGGACGGUUCGAGCUGUUCCUAUGUCCGAAUAAUAACCCUUACUACGAAGCAACUCAGGAGUGUUUCGAUCGGUAUCCACUGUAUCUAACAGGAACCCGGGAAGUUCGGUAUCUGAUUCCACCGGAAGCUGGAAAGAAGGAAAUCUUCCGAUAUCGGGUUCGAUUGCCACAGUUUGUGACCUGCACCCAGUGUGUCCUUCAGUGGACAUACUACACGGGCAACAUGUGGGGUCGAUGCGAUAAUGGAACCGAAAGUGUGGGCUGUGGAAAACCGGAAACGUUUAGGAAUUGUGCAGAUAUCAAGAUUGUGUCCAAUACGGGUGCCGGAAUACCGCCGGCCUUUGUGAAUCCAUUCCUGCUGUACUACAGAGAUUAUCGGGCGCCGGAAUCGGAGAAUCUGUUCCCGCUUGUUAUUCGCGACCAGGUGUGUCUCCCGACUGCGGCCUAUCGCCAGUUCAUCGGCAUGGACGAAUGGUGCCAGAACAACUGCCUCCGCUAUCCACCGAAUUGUCCGGAAUCCGUGUGUCACUGUCCCCAAACCUGUGAAGCCAUCGGCGAAAUCGAAGGCCGCGAAGGGGCCGACGUGUACUGUAUGGACGAGUGUCUCAACUACAAAUCGAACUGCCCCACGGAUCGGUGUCGCUGUUAUUAGGAACCCGAAUCGGAACUCAACUAUGGAACCCCCGAAUACUCAUGGAAUAUCGGAAACGAAACUACUAGACGCAAUGGCUUUGAGGACUUUGGAGUCCCAAAUGUUUUACCCAGUGAUGACCAGAGGGAGAGUGUAGUAUACCUACUUAUGUGUGUAUACUAGAGAUUACUUUCCGAUUAUUUUGUUGUACUUUGAAAUCGAUCAAACUUGCCGACCUGUUUUUAGUAUUUUCCCUUUUUAGUGUAACUAUGAAGGAGAAAUCCCCGGAGAAAGAGAAAGAAGAAGGAGAUAAUGUAAAGUAAUUAAACGAAGAAGAAAAAAAACAAACAAAUAUCCUAGUAGAAGCAAUAGAACUCCUGAAACGUUACGUAACGUAAGGUAACGUGGAUAGUUCUGUACAUUUUACCUGCUUGACUGUGACUCGAUACACACUUCAAUGUUCAAUUAUGUGUUUUGCCUCCCCCAACCCUGUACAAAUGUUGUCCUUCUUAGAUCAGUUUUAGUUUUUGUUUGUUUUUAGAGUUCUUCUUUUAAUUUUCCCCCAUCCGCUGCUGUGUACAAGAUAGGCAUUGUGAAUGAUGAUGAAUUUUGCUCAAAUAAA